UCAAGACCUCAAAACAGCUUCGUUUAUGCAGGCCAGAAUGGCACCCAAAAAUGCUGUCAACGAGCCUGUUCCAGUGCUGGAGCUGGCAGUGAUGCAGGAGAAAGAACCGAAUGGUGGACAAAUCGCAGAAAAGGAGAAGGAUGUGGAGAUGUCAGAGGACUCAUCCAGCGAGGAUUCUGUGACCCUCAUUCCCAAGAGGUUAUGGGUGAUGCACGGUGCUGUCAUGUUCGGGAGGGAGUUCUGCUAUGCCAUGGAGACCGCACUUGUCACUCCUGUGCUGUUGCAGCUUGGUCUCCCAGAGCAGUAUUACAGCUUAACCUGGUUCCUCAGCCCCAUUUUGGGUUUAAUUUUCACUCCUCUUAUUGGCUCAGCAAGCGACCGUUGCACUUUGAAAUGGGGUCGGAGGAGACCCUUCAUUUUGGCACUGUGUAUAGGAUUGUUAAUAGGAUUGGCCUUAUUUCUCAACGGAUCUCUUAUAGGUCUGUCUCUGGGUGACGUCCCCAGUGAUCAGCCGGCAGGGAUUGUGCUGACUGUUGUUGGUGUAGUGGUUCUGGACUUCUGUGCUGAUGCUUUGGACGGUCCAAUAAGAGCUUACCUCCUGGAUGUGGCUGAUAGCGAGGAACAGGAUGUGGCUUUAAAUAUCCAUGCUUUCUCAGCAGGGCUUGGAGGUGCUUUAGGUUACAUGCUUGGAGGACUGGACUGGACCAAUACCUUCCUGGGCCAAGCUUUUAAAGCCCAAGAGCAGGUGCUCUUUUUCUUCGCUUCCAUCAUCUUUAUCAUUUCUGCAACGCUUCACCUUUUCAGCAUCAAAGAGCAUCUCUAUAACCCCAGCCUGACCGGGGCACUGAAGGACGAGGAUGAAGAAAAACUAGCUCCUGUCCAGCCCUAUGGCAGCUUCCCAUCCACUCGUCUCUUGCCCCAGCUAGAAAUUAUUCCAGAGGAAGAGCCGUUUACCCCCCAUGAGGAUGAUCGGUCUGAGCGGGACCUUUCAACUGACUUCUUAAACAUCGAUUUGGUGCGUAGUAAAAGCGACUCCGUUUUAGCCAUGCCAGAUGCAACCAUAGAGCUGGACCCAGACCUAGAUCGUGAUGGGCAGUUUCUGUGCGACAUAGAACCAAAUUUAUUUCAGGACUAUCAGGGUGUACAAGAUGAUGGGGCGACGCUGGAUUACUACAACACAAACCAGCUAGAUCAGUGCUCUGGCGAUCACUUACAGCAGUGUUCUAGUAAUGGAGAUCAUAUUUGCACAGCUCACAAAACUCUAAACGGAAGCUUUUCGGCUUCUGGAAAUCCAAUCAAUGGAGCAGCGAAUGCCACCAAUCAACAUGGAAAAGUUGGCUUGCGUCCUUACAAUGUCCCAAUGCGUCGCCGCACACCCUCAUUCUACCGGCAGCCCUCAUUCACUUUCUCUUAUCAUGGACGUGUGGGUUUUCAGUGGCGAAGACGCUAUGGCAAUAUGGCCGGCCCGAUUAAAUCUUCAAGAAGUCUGAAUGACCUCGACAAAAUAACUAGACGGCACGAACGGCGGAAGCUGCAGCUUGGUGGCAUUUCUGCAUCCCGCAGGAAUGAGGAGGAUGAAGAGAGCGAGGAUGGUGAAAGUGAGACCACAGUCAAACUCCUGUGGUUGUCCAUGUUGAAGAUGCCGCCUCAGCUGUGGCGUCUGUGCGUGUGUCACCUGCUCACCUGGUUCUCCAUGAUCGCACAGGCUGUGUUCUACACUGACUUCAUGGGGCAGGUCAUCUAUGGAGGAGACCCGACUGCUGCUGCAAACUCCACCGCUCUGCAUGACUACGGUAAAGGUGUGAAGAUGGGCUGCUGGGGGCUGGUGAUCUAUGCGGCUACAGCUGCACUCUGCUCAGAUGUGCUCCAGAGGAUCUUGAACAACUAUGACCUGAGCAUAAGAAUUACCUACAUGUUGGGGACUCUGGGAUUUGCCGUUGGUACAGCAGUCAUGUCCAUCUUUCCAAAUGUAUAUGUAGCGAUGGUGAUGAUAAGCACCAUGGGGGUCAUCUCUAUGAGCAUGUCAUACUGCCCUUAUGCUCUGCUGGGACAAUACCAUGAGAUCAAAGAGUACAUCCACCACAGCCCUGGAAACUCACGGCGAGGCUUUGGCAUCGACUGCGCCAUCCUGACGUGUCAAGUGUACAUCUCUCAGAUCCUGGUGGCGUCUGCUCUCGGUGCAGUGGUAGAUGCGGUCGGCACGGUGAGAGUUAUUCCAAUGGUGGCAUCUGGAGGCUCUUGUCUGGCUUUCCUGGCUGCAGCUUUCCUCGUCAUCUACCCUGAUACACUCGACGACGAAGAUGAUGAUGACGAAGAAGAACAAGGCCCAGGAUCUGUGAAAUCGGAGGUGGCGUCCAAUAGCAGUGCAGAGAAAUUAAGAAACAAGCCAGAGACUGCAUCCUCAGUUUAGGUGUUAGAGCUGAAAAAUAAUAAUAAUACUUGAGUUUUAAAGUACAAAUCCCAGAAUGCACAAGCAAGACCAAGUUGGACGUUCUCUAGCAAUCAUAGACUCACACAUAUGCUGAAUGUAAUUCUGUGGAUAUGGUACGGAAUCAAACCUAUUUGAGUCAAAUACGUAAUUUCUUGAGAUUAUUUCUCAAGCUAUUUAUUAUUUGGGGCCAAAAUCUCCAUUGUCUACACAACAAGUUUUAAUUUCAGUUGAAGCAUUUUUGUUUACGUCACUACAGUGGAAAAUAUAGUUUCACACGCUAAUAAUCAUUCCCCGUCAUUCACAAGUCAUUUAUAUACCAGAUAUAAGUUUUUGCAUCAUUCUAGACGUAUGUUUUAGCGCUAAAAUACGUCCGAUUAUCAUCGUGUUUGCUUCAUCUGCCUCGAAUCAUGACAAACACUCAGGUUAAAGCUGAACGGCUGCUGCUUGAGCGCUUUUGAUCGCUCACUUCUUUAGAUUUAACUAUGCACAAUGCCAAAAUAUAUCUAUAUUUAUAUUUUUGGUGAAGACAUUGAUUUUGAGAGUUGACUUGAUUUUAUUAGGUACACUAUUUCAAGGGAGAAAGAGCACAGAGAAAGAAGGGAUGUUGAAUAAAGGAAAGGCUUUGCUGUAGAGCGAAAUUAAGAAAUGGGUUUAGCUGUCGGGGCAGUUUUUUAUUGUCUGUCAGCCUCCAUCUUAAGCGAUGACACUCCAGUAGUAGCAGUAUUUCUCACAGCCAAUUUCAUUAACGUUUCUGGUACUCUUGUGUAGUUUAUAUACACAAGGUGUUGUUUUUUUAUUCAGGCCAAAUGUUUUCUUAGAGUUAGUCACCUGACUCCGCUGGCUAAGUGGCCGCUUCUAAAUGUAGUUUCAAUACAUUGCUGGAGUCUGUAUAGUAGCUGUACAGAGGUCAGUGGACUGGCUCUUUUAUUUUUGUGCGUGUUUCCUGACCAAGGUGGACACUUUUUAUUUUUAAUCCUCAUUUUUUUGUGGUACUGCUGUGACUUUUUUUUUCAGUGUUUGAACCAAAUUGAACGUUUACACUGGUUCCAGUUGAGGUUUUGAAUUCUGUUCAAUAUAAAGAAAGUUUUACACUCUU